AUAAGAAAAAUACCAGUGUAUUAAAAAAAUUAAAACUUUUUAAUUUAUCUUUUGUUUUUUACAAAGGCGGGAAUUGCACUGUUUAUGUCUUGCGAGGAAUCUUUGCAGAGAUCGGUUGGGAUUUUUAAGAUAUCUUGGCUCUUAACUUUGCCCGAGUCACUGCGCAGUACGCAAAUUAGGUGUAGCGGGACGCGGGAGGAGGAAACUGCGCAGCACGCGAUGACAUUUGUUGGCCAAGAUAUUUGAAAAGAGUUAUACUAAGUUUUCUACUACUGAAAUAGUAAUAUAAUGCGUGAGAGCCUGCGCCGACUGGCGGGGUCGGGCAGCACCUCGGAGGAGGGCAUGGCGCGGGCGGGCAACGACACAAAGCGCGUGCGCGUGCAGCUAUUAGACGGGGAGUACAUCAGUGUUGACGUUGACCGUAAGGCGCGAGGUUCGGACCUGCUUGACCGCAUCUGUGAUGACCUGGAUAUAGUGGAGCGGGAUUACUUCGGUGUGGUUCGCGCGAACCACACCGACCGCAUCUGGCUCGAUAUGGAGAGGACACUCGCGAAGACAUUCAGAAACGAGCCAUGGGAGGUACGUUUCGUGGUGAAGUUCUACCCGCCGGAGCCUUCAGAGCUGCGUGAUGACAACACCAGGUACCAGCUCGGGCUGGCUGUACGCAAUGACAUCAUGGAAGGUCGUUUAACAUGUUCGUACAUAACACACGCACUGCUGGCGUCAUACAUUCUGCAGUGUGAGUUAGGGGACCGCGAGGCCCGCGUGUCUGCGGCGCAGUUGUCCGCACACCGCGCUCUGCCGCAACAUGCACUUACAUCUGAUGUCGAGGAUAAAGUAGACGAAUUGUACAGGAAACAUAAAGGACAAACUCCAGCGGAGGCAGAACUGAAUUAUCUGGAGAACGCGAAAAAACUGUCUCUUUAUGGUGCUGAGCUGCACCGCGCUAAAGACUCUGAAGAUGUCGACAUCGCGCUGGCUGUCUGCUGGCGCGGCAUCGCCGUACUCAGAGAUAUGGUGGUGAUGAACCGGUUUCCGUGGACUAAGAUCAUAAAGAUCAGCUACAAGAAGCGCGUGUUCACUCUGCGGCUGCGCGCCGGCGAGUGUGACAACUGGCACACCUGCCUCAGCUUCCGUCUGCCGGCGACGCGCGCCUGCAAGAACCUGUGGCGCUGCAGCGUCGAGCAUCACAUUUUCUUCAGACGCGAGGGUCCAGUGCUGGUGGAGCGGGUGUCAGGGUUCCCUCGGCUUGGGUCCAGGCGUGUGUCAUGUCGGCGUACACUGCGCCAGCUGCGCGCUGACUGCGCACAACCACAUCUCGUACUCUGACAUCGGAUUGUUAUGUCUCCUGCUGUUUACUCUGCAUCAUCAGCUA